AUGCAGUGGACCCCAGAGCAUGCACAGUGGGCAGAGCAGCACUUCGACAUCUCUUCCACGACCCGCUCUCCUGCCCACAAAACUGAGUCAUACCGCGGACACCUGCAGAGGACCUACCAGUACGCCUGGGCCAACGAUGACAUCUCCGCUCUGACCGCCUCCAAUCUUCUGAAGAAAUAUGCCGAAAAGUAUUCCGGUAUUCUUGACGGUCCAAAUGAGAGGGCACUGCUGUGCUCAUAUUCAGAAAGUGCCGCCGGACUCCUGAACGGACGCAAGUCAGAAGGCGAUGUAUGGCAAGAGGGCAUCUAUCCUAUGAAUUGCACUGUAGAUGUGAUUUCUGCAAGCAAGGCCGUAGUGCCAGCUGCAUUGCCCCCAGCAGAUGGUGCAGCCAACAUUGGCAGUGCCUCAGGGGUGCCGAGCAGCCUGAGCGAACCCAGCUACUCUAGUAGCAGUUGUGGAAGUCAUACUCCUGCUGCCCUGCAUUCUGGGAUUUCUUCUCAAGAGUUCGGUAGCGGCUACAAUGGCACGUACUUGCAUUCUACCUACAGCGGUGGGCAAAGCACUCCAGCACUUCCCUCACCACACCCAUCACCUUUGCACAGCAGCGGACUUCUCCAGCCUCCUCCUGCUCCUCCUCCAACCCUGGUACCUAGCUAUAAUGCAGGAUCACCCAACCUGUCCAGUUACAACUACCCUCCUUCAGGCUAUCCCCCCCAGGCUUCUGUAGCUCCAGGCUAUAGCCCUGGGGGAGCUCCCCCUCCCUCUGCCUACUUGCCCUCAGGCAUUGCAGCUCCCACCCCAUUACCUCCUUCUACCAUACCCGGCUAUUCCUACCAGUCUCACAGCCAUGCGCCGAUUGUACCAACACCUUUGAAUGGCAGCUCAGCCAGCUCGCUAAAACGGAAAGCUUUUUACAUGACAGGACAAGGAGACAUGGACUCCAGUUAUGGAAAUUUUAGUUACAGCCAACAUCGCUCAACUCAAAGCCCAAUGUACAGAAUGCCAGAUAGCAGCAUUGUUGAUUCAAGCAGAGGGAAUGGGUUCGACAGAAGUGCUGAUCCAGCAUCUCUGCCUUUUAAGCCUACAAAGCAGCUAAUGUCCUCAGAUCAACAGCGCAAAUUUGGCAGUCAGUCUGGCAGAGCCAUUAGUCCUCCAUCCUAUGGAUCAUCCAAAGGUUCUAUGGGUUCAAGCGAAUCAUUUGGGAAGUUCGGUUCCCCCGUUAUGAGCGAGCACAAUGAAGACCAUCGGCAGCACUUGCCCCAUUCACUUUCCUCAAAUAGCCACUCGGCCGAGGAAGAGCUCAAAAACAGUGACUCUGGCCUGGUGGAGAUGGUCACCACUGAGAUCCUCCAGCAGACUUCCCCUGUGGACUGGAAUGAUAUUGCAGGGCUGGAUCUGGUCAAGGCCACCAUUAAAGAGGAGGUUCUGUGGCCUAUCCUGAGACCUGAUAUGUUUAGUGGUCUGGCACCAUUACCACACAGUAUCCUUUUCUUUGGACCUCAGGGUACAGGGCGGACGCUGCUGGCUCGCUGUGUGGCCAGCCAGCUAGGUGCUGCGUUUCUCCAACUUAGUGGCUCAGCACUUGUCAGCAAGUGGCAGGCAGAGGGCGAGAAGGUGGUGCAGGCCACGUUCCUUGUAGCUCGCUGCCGGCAGCCGUCAGUUGUGUUUAUUAGUGAUGUAGACUUACUGCUGUCAGCAUCGCUGAGUGAGGAGAGCCCAAUUAAUCGAAUCAAGAGUGAACUCCUUCUGCAGCUGGAUGGAGUGCUCAACACAACAGAGGACCACGUUUUGGUCAUAUGUUCCACUAGCAAGCCAGAAGAAAUAGACGAGACCUUGCGCAGGUACUUUGUAAAAAGGUUGCUCAUCCCACUCCCAGACUCAACGGCACGGCACCAGCUCAUCAGCCAAGUGCUCUCCCAGCACAACUACUGCCUCAGUGACAAAGAGGUGGCUUUGCUCGUCCAGCGGACAGAAGGAUUCUCUGGGUUGGAUGUGGUACGACUUUGCCAGGAAGCAGUGGUCGGACCCUUGCAUGGCAUGUCUGGCACGGACCUUUCCGGAAUUAUGCCGGGUCAGAUGAGGCCGCUUUCGUAUCAAGACUUUGAAAACGUCUUUUGCAAAAUUCAGCCCAGCAUAUCACAGAAAGAACUGGACACGUACACUGAGUGGAACAAAAUGUUUGGAUGUAGUCAGUAA